GACAUUCUGUGUGACAUUGGCUGCAUCAUUGGCAGCAAGAUUAGGCCCAAUUCCAAUGGCUGCAUUCCAAACUUGUCUUCAAGUCUGGUUGACAUCCUCCCUUCUAGUUGAUGGUUUAGCUGUUGCUGUACAGGCAAUUCUAGCAUGUGCCUUUGCUGAGAAAAAUUUUGACAAAGUAACUGCUGUUGCAACAAGGUUAAUUUAUGUUUCCAAUAUUUCAUUUAUCAAUGGAUUUGGUAAUGCUUCGUUAUAUGAUUUUGUGGCUAAUUUCAUUAUAUUAUUACCCCAACAGUUUGUUGCUGCCACACAACCAAUCAAUUCAUUAGCCUUUGUAUUUGAUGGAGUGAACUAUGGUGCUUCCGAUUUUGCUUAUUCUGCAUACUCCUUGGUUUUGGUUUCACUAGCAAAGACUGAUAUAGUAUUUUCUGAUCUGGUUCUAGUUGCAUUUACGGUUAACACUUCCUAG